GGCUGCGCAGCUUCCUCAGCGGUUGCCGCCGCCGAAGACGGUUGGAAAAACCGUUGUACGGAGCGCUGCCCUGAGGCGGAGGGUUUGUCCGGCUCCUCGUCGGACCCCGCGAGCCCGGAGUCGGUGUUUCUAUCGCCCGACAGGGUAUCUGAAGUAAAGAGGGGCAUUUAAAUCAAACGUUAUUGAGAUGGAUUGGGUUAUGAAACAUAAUGGUCCAAAUGACGCUAGUGAUGGGACAGUACGACUUCGCGGACUGCCAUUUGGUUGCAGCAAAGAGGAAAUAGUUCAGUUCUUUCAAGGGUUGGAAAUCGUGCCAAAUGGGAUAACAUUGACGAUGGACUACCAGGGGAGAAGCACAGGGGAGGCCUUCGUGCAGUUUGCUUCAAAGGAGAUAGCAGAAAAUGCUCUGGGGAAACACAAGGAAAGAAUAGGGCACAGGUAUAUUGAGAUCUUCAGGAGUAGCAGGAGUGAAAUUAAAGGAUUUUAUGAUCCACCAAGAAGACUGCUGGGACAGCGACCAGGACCAUAUGAUAGACCAAUAGGAGGAAGAGGGGGUUAUUAUGGAGCUGGGCGUGGAAGUAUGUAUGACAGAAUGCGACGAGGAGGUGAUGGAUAUGAUGGUGGCUAUGGAGGUUUUGAUGAGUAUGGUGGCUAUAAUAAUUAUGGCUAUGGAAAUGAAGGCUUUGAUGACAGAAUGAGAGAUGGACGAGGUAUGGGAGGGCAUGGCUAUGGUGGAGCUGGUGAUGCAAGUUCAGGUUUUCAUGGUGGUCAUUUUGUACAUAUGAGAGGGUUGCCUUUCCGUGCAACUGAAAAUGACAUUGCUAAUUUCUUCACACCACUAAACCCAAUACGAGUUCAUAUUGAUAUUGGAGCUGAUGGGAGAGCAACAGGAGAAGCAGAUGUAGAGUUUGUGACACAUGAAGAUGCAGUAGCUGCCAUGUCUAAGGAUAAAAAUAACAUGCAACAUAGAUACAUUGAACUCUUCUUGAAUUCUACUCCUGGAGGUGGCUCUGGAAUGGGAGGUUCUGGAAUGGGAGGCUAUGGCAGAGAUGGAAUAGAUAAUCAGGGAGGAUAUGGAUCUGUUGGCAGAAUGGGAAUGGGGAACAAUUACAGCGGAGGAUACGGUACUCCUGAUGGCUUGGGCGGUUAUGGCCGUGGUGGUGGAGGCAGUGGAGGUUACUAUGGUCAAGGUGGCAUGAGUGGAGGUGGAUGGCGUGGGAUGUACUGAAAAAAAAUGCACCAACAUACAAGUCUUAACAACACAGCAUCUGGUCUACUAGACUUUCUUACAGAUUUAAUUUCUUUUGUAUUUUAAGAACUUUAUAAUGACUGAAGGAAUGUGUUUUCAAAAUAUUAUUUGGUAAAGAAACAGAUUGUGAUGGGAAAAUCUGUUUUCUGUAGGUUUUAUUUGUUGCAUACUUUGACUUAAAAAUAAAUUUUUAUAUUCAAACAACUGAUGUUGAUACUUUUUAUAUAUAGCUACUCCAAAAGAUGUGCUGCCUUCUUAAGAUUUGGGUUAAUGUAUUUUACUGUUAGCUCUAUCAGAAGUUGUAUAGUGUGUAAUGUUAGAGGAUAAUGGUUCACUUCUGAGUAAACAGCAAGCUUAAUAAGCAGUAUCUGGCAUAGAGCUUUAAAAAUUAGUGAAACUUCUUAUAAUUUCUCCUAUACAACACUGUAAAUAUAAACCUUAAAGAUGAAUUGGGUGGCUUCAGGAGCAUAAUUUCAGCUAAUACUAUAUUAUUUUUAGAAUAUCAUUUAUUAGACAAAGCUACCUGAAUUUCUUAGUAUAGGUAGGUGUGCUGCAAAUUUAGCCUUAGACUUUAGAGUAAGAUCCCCUUUUUGACUGAAGUACCAAAAAUGUUUCUAAAAAGAUUUGUAAGUUAAGAUGUCUUAGAGUAGCUAAAGGUUUUUGAUGACAUAAGAAUUCAAUGCAAGUAUGUGGCUAUGUACUAUAGAGAGUGUACUUCACACCUGUAUUUUCAGUUUCUCACAUGACUCUAUAAAGUGUUUUAUAAAAUGUAAAAGAAAUCCAUGUCAAUUAAAAUAAUCCUUCAAAUGGAUUUUACAUCUAAUAUCAGCUUUGAGUUUUAGUUGAAAUACUAUAUAGAGCAAGGAAAAGGUGCUUUUUACCUCUUUUUGUCAGUAUGGCGCUUUUAUUUUCCAAAUUGACUAAUGGGUCAAAGUGAAACCUGUCAAUGUGAAUUCAUUUAUUCAACUUGUAACUUGUUUUUGCUAGAAAUGUUAUUCAUGUAAUAAAUGUCAAUGUGGGAGACAAUAGUA